AUGGGUUCUCAGGCCUGGAACUUACCCGCACCAGUCGACGAUCCCGACUCCAUGUUGUCCCGCAAGUUCGGACGGGAGACCGUCAACUACUUCGCCGGCAGCGUCCUGAACCGCAUGGGCUGGCUCCGUACCGACCACACCUUCAUCAGGGCCGCGUUCCAGUUCAAGGAGACGAAGUUUAUGCUCCUGAAGGAUCUCAGCCCUCUCACCAACGCGCCCACAAAAAUUCAGUUUGCGUCCUUCGAGGAUGUUAAGCCCCUGACCACCGAGGACCCGUUCGGCCCGUCCGAGGAAGACCUGGUCAAGAACUUCGACUCGACCGUCACUAAACCGCUCAUCAUCUUCCUGGGCCUCGACGAGAGCGCAAACGUGCCCUUUGAGUACAAGGGCCUUAAGGGCCGGCCCUGGUUCGCCGUCGAUGUGACGCCCAAGGGCUCGUAUGCCGAUGCCGCCAACCAACUUAUCGAGGCUCAGACCAAUAAGGGACACAAGUUCCUGGAAGGCAUGAGGCCCAUGACCCUCGAGCCGGACGAUGCCGGAAUUUAUGCCCAGGCCCGGUCCAUCGCGGACUGGAACACCCGCCACAAGUUCUGUGCUGGCUGCGGACAGCCGUCCUUGUCGGGCAACACUGGCUACAAGCGGCUGUGCCCUCCCACCGACCUUGCCGGCUCGGACACUCCCCGCGAAAGGGCCGAGUGUGCCACUCGCAAGGGCGUUUCUAACAUCAGCUUCCCGAGGACGGACCCGACCAUGAUCGCCGCCGUCAUUUCCGCCGACGGCCAGAAGGUGCUCCUGGGUCGCAACAAGAGGUAUCCCCCCAACUGGUACAGCACCCUCGCGGGCUUCAUCGAGCCCGGGGAGUCCAUCGAGGAGUCUGUCCGUCGCGAGGUCUUGGAGGAGAGCGGCGUGAGGGUCGGCCGUGUCGUAAUCCAUUCGAGCCAGCCGUGGCCGUACCCUGCAAGCCUGAUGAUUGGUGCCAUUGCGCAGGCUCUGCCCGAUGGCGAGACUAUUGAUCUGGGUAACGACCCUGAGCUGGAGGACGCAAAGUGGUAUCCCUUCGACGUCGUCAGGGAUGCGCUUAAGUAUGGUGUCAGUGGUCUUGGUGACCCUGCUCCCGAGGGAUACAAGGAGGGUGGCCUCCGGCUGCCCCCUCCCAUGGCCAUUGCCAACCGGCUCUUGACUGCCGUGGUGGAGGGUUAUGCGACAACCAUUCCGAAGAUGUGA